CAAUUUGUCAGAAAUAAUUCCGCUUGUAUAAAUAGCUUACAUUUUAUUUUGGCGUUCCAAUUUUAUUUUGGAACUCAGUGGUCCCACCCGCCAUUUCCUCUCCUUUUCCAGCUUUAUCGAUUUGCAAUGGCGAAGCUCAAAGGAGCAAAAAAAUUCUUCAGAUACAGAGAAAUGGAACGAAUUGUUCAACGCCUUAGUUCACAUGUUGCAAAACCAGCAGACUCGGGUUGAAUCAUUCGUCAAAGAGAGAAUUUUCUGAAGAUCGAAUCAAAUUACAACCUAAUCGAUGAUGUUAAUGUGUUUCAGGAACAAAUUUUAUCAGGUAUGCAUCAUUGGUGUAUGGGGAAUGGGAGGAGUCGGCAAAACGACUUUGGUGAAGAAUUUGAACAAUGAGCUCCUAAAGACUGCUGCGUCAAGCUCUAAACUGUCUUUUAGUGUUGUGGUAUGGGUUACAGUGCCCAAACCGCCAACACACAUAAGAAAGGUUCAAGCACAAAUUGCCAACAGAUUAAACCUAAAGGUAGACAGUGAGGAAAGCGUAGAACGCAUUGCAGGCAGAAUUCAUCAGAGGCUCAAGGAAGAAAAGAGUUUCCUUCUUAUACUCGAUGAUGUUUGGGAAGCUAUAAAUUUGGAUCAUGUAGGUGUUCCCCAACGUGAAGAUGCCGCAAGAAGCAAGAUAAUUUUUACUACUCGUUUUUUCGAUGUUUGUAGGCAAAUGAAAACAGACACCGAAAUGAAGGUGUUGACAUUUGAUGAAGAAGAAUCUUGGCAAAUGUUUGUGAAAAAUGCGGGAGAUAUUGCCAAUCUGGAGCAUAUUCAACCAGUUGCAGAGGAAAUUGCAAAGGAGUGUGAUGGAUUACCUUUAGCAAUCACUGUCAUCGGAGCAUCUAUGAGAGGGAAGAAGAGGGUCGAGCUUUGGAAAGAUGCUUUGGGAUCACUUAGAAUGUCCGAACCUCACAACACAGAUGUAAAAGAUAAGGUUUACAAGGUCAUCAAGUGGAGUUUUGAUUCUUUAGAAUCUCACGAUAUUGUAUUAUCCUCAGAGCAAAGAAGCAAACAUGUGAACAAAAGGGGAGGCGACAUUCAAAGUUGUUUCUAGUAUUGCUCCUGAUAUCCAGCGGCUAUUUCAACAGAUGAUCUCAUACAUUGUUGGUGGGCGGAGGGGUUCCUUGGAGAACGUAACACGCAUGAAGAAGCCUACAACAGGGGAAUUACAAUGAUUGAGAUUCUAAAAGAUGCGUGCUUACUAGAAGCCCAUACGUUGAACUCUGUGAAGAUGCAUGACGUGGUUCGCGAUGUUGCUAUAUGGAUAGCUAAUUCCUUUGGGGGUGAGCACAAUUCUCUUAUUCAAGCUGGAAUUGGGUUGAGUGAUAUAUCACAUAUUAAAAUGUCUACUUCUGUCAAUAGAAUAUCUUUCAUAAGCAACGGCAUUAAAUGUCUACCUGAUGGCUUGAUGGAAUGCCCAGAGAUAACAACUCUACUUUUGCAAGAUAAUUAUCCCCUUCAAAAUAUUCCCCAUGAACUUUUUCUUGCAUUUCCAGCCCUAAGAGUUUUGAAUCUGAGUGGAACUGGUAUUAGAGCACUGCGUUCUUCCAUCAAUAGUUUAUGUCAAUUACGUGCUCUAAUACUACAAAGUUGCAAGGAGUUGAAAGAGUUACCACCUAUUGGUAAUCUUUGCAAUUUGCAAUUGCUUGAUUGCGAUGAUACAAGGUUACAUCGUCUGCCGAAAGGAAUGGACAAGUUGACAGAUCUGAGGCGUUUAACUGCAAAUUAUUUGAAGAGCAUCGACCAAGGAAUUCUUCUCAAAUUGGCAAGCAUUGAAAUGAUAGAUGUGCUGGGUACCCGUCUUGAAUCGACUUGUUUUGAUGAGCUCUCCUCUCUACAGAAGCUGACCUCUCUUUCCAUCAAAUUGGAUAGCUCAUCAGUUUCUAAUAGAGACCACACCUGGAUGUCUAGAUUGAAAAGAUUUCGCAUUGUAGUUGGGGAAACUAAAUUGCCUAUAGAUUUCAACUUUUCACCAAGGAAUAUAGCUAUCUUGAAGUGUGAAAUUUUCAGUAAGGGAGAGCUCUCAGGUAUGUUGCAGUUUGCUUCAAAUUUGUGCUUGGAAAACUGCAAGGGUCUCAGGAAGUUGAUUGCAUACAACAGUUUUAAUGGAAUAAAAGAACUUACAGUAAGUGGCUGUUCUUGUGAUUUCAAACCAGCAGAAGAAGGAAGUGGACGGUUUGACCCUCUGCCAAAUCUGGAACAUCUCUGCCUCUUCUGGAUAAAUAAUUUAGAGAGUGUAUCUGAUAUCAGUCAUCUUCUGGAUCUAAGAUUUUCUAAAUUACGCAGACUAGAUAUUUCCCGUUGUGCAAGAUUAAGAUGUCUCUUUAAUGUUGGUGGAGCUUUUUCUGUACCGAAUCACCUGGAACGUAUUGCAAUUAGCUAUUGUGAUGAGCUGGUAGAGUUGUUUGUGCAAUGCGGCUCCAGUCAGACGACACUUGCCAACUCAGAAAUUCCUAGAGUUCGGAAGUUAUGGUUAAGAGAGUUACGAGAAUUAGGAACUCUGGGCGAGCCAGAGAAUACGUGGGAACACAUGCAGGAACUUAAGUUGAUAGAUUGUAAUCAAAUAAGGAAGCUUCCUCUCUCUAUUCAAACUUCCAAGAACAUCAAAGUAAUAGAAGGACGAUCAGAAUGGUGGAACCAAUUGAAAUGGGAUUCCGACAACUUCAAGUCAAAUUUAGAGCAUUGUUUCCAACCAGUUCAAUACUGACAAAAGGAUCAAAGUUGAGGCUACUUCCACUGCAUUUCAGGAGUGAAUUAGAAAGGCAGAAGAAGGAACUUCCUGCACUAGAAAAACAGAGUUUUGAGCCAAAGUUAAUCAGUGGAGUUUGUUGUGAUGCAUUUCAUGUCUUGUAAUUUUUCUGCCAAUAAUUAUUCCGUGUUUGUACUAUUUUUCUUCUUUCUGGUUCUGAUAUUUUGAUUGCUUGACUGUAUACUGAGUAAUUUUUUGUUUAAGUUAUAUUGUGUAGUACAUUCAAAAAUUUGGCAUGUGUCCUUGCUUAGGUACAAUUAAGCUAAAGAGCCAUUGAG